UUGGCCUGCCUUGCAAACCUGCAUUAAGGCGUGUUUUCUUUAAAAUCUCCAUCUGUGAAACUUUUAUGAGCCACAGAAGCUCUGAAGUCCUGCAACACCUGAAGGUAACACAAAAUAACACCAGUUACUCCUUUAACUGUAGUAUUAUCAGUUAUACUGCGAAUACUACCACAGUUACUGCAUCCUCUAAUGACUCACAGUAUCUCUCUGCCCCCCCGUCCCUCACUCUCCUGGUUGCCGAGGCGACCUCCCCUCCCCGUCACAAUGGCUCCAUCGGAGCGUCUCAGUGAAACCUGAGCAGGCGUGGCGGCUCGAGGUCACCUGAGCCGAGGCUGCUGAAUGUUUGAUGGAAGCCGUCAGAGAUCCUCCGCCACACAAACACCUCACCAGGUAGACGGAGGCAGGUAGACGGACCUCAGGUGGACCUCAGGUGGACGCUCCAGCAGGCUUCAGGUGGACGCUCGGUUGGACGCUCUGUGGCUCCAGCAGGUGAGGCUCUCAGGAUGUCUGACAGCAGGCAGCGAACUCUGUCCACCUCCGGAGAGUCUCUGUACCAGGUCCUGGGUCUGCAGAAAGGCUGCUGCCAUGACGACAUCAAGAAGUCCUACAGGAAGCUGGCACUGCGUUACCACCCCGAUAAGAACCCGGACAACCCGGAGGCGGCGGAGAAGUUCAAGGAGCUGAACAGCGCCCACGCCGUGCUGUCCGACCUGACCAAGAGGAACAUCUACGACUCGUACGGCUCUCUGGGGCUCUACGUGGCGCAGCAGUUUGGAGAGGACAACGUCAACACCUACUUCAUGCUGUCCACCUGGUGGGCUAAGGGUCUGUUCCUGGUCUGCGGGGUCCUGACCGGCUGUUACUGCUGCUGCUGUCUCUGCUGCUGCUGUAACUGCUGCUGUGGGAAACUGAAGCCGCCGCCCACAGCUGAGGGGGCGGAGCCAGAUUACGUUCACCUGGACGACCUGGAAGAGGAGAGACGCAACGAGCGCGACAACGAAAAAUCAACGAGCAGCUGGGCCAGAAAUGUCCCUCAAACUGCAUGA